UAGAAAUGGUGGAGUCAAUGAAGAAAGUAGCAGGGAUGGAUGUGGAGCUGACAGCUGAAGAAAGAAACCUCCUCUCUGUUACAUUUAAGAAUGUGAUUGGAGCUAGAAGAGCCUCCUGGAGAAGAAUCAGCAGCCUUGAACAGAAAGAAGGAAACAAGGGAAGAGAAGACAAGCUAAAAAUGAUUCAGAAAUACCAGCAAAUGGUCGAGGCUGAGCUGGAGUUAAUCUGUGGCGACAUGCUGGAGGUACUAGACAAACACCUCAUUCCAGCAGCUACCACUGCCCCCAUUCACUGGGGAGAAUGGAAAGAAAACAACUGACAACAUCCUCAAAUGUAAACUCAAUUUGCCUCCCUACCUCACACAAGAAGCCAGAG